UGAGAAUUAAUCUUAUUCAUGGAGUUUUGCAUUAUCACCUAUUAAAAAAAUACGUUAGAAACAUGAACAUUUUUAGAAAUCUCUGCGCGUCAGGUCUUAAAACAAUUCAAAUCAAUUCCAUCCAUACUUCUGCUCCAUCGUUAGCAUGGACCAAAUCUACAUUGCCGAAGAAUUUUUUGUCACACAAUAAGAAAGUGUAUCCCCCACAGGAAAUCGGCGAAGAACGGCGACCGGCUUUUGUUUGCCACCAAAUCACCAAUAUAAAAUAUAGUCCUGACAAACUAUGGUAUAUUGCAUGUCUUGUGCGGGGCAUGACAGUGGAUGAAGCAGUUAAACAGUUAAGCUUUGUCAACAAAAAGGGAGCUGAAUAUGUCAAGAAGGCUAUCCUUGAGGCACAGGAGCUCGCUGUUACUCAGCACAAUGUUGAAUUUAGAAGUAAUUUAUGGAUAGCUGAAUCAUAUUCUGGUCUGGGGAAUGUCAUCAAAGGAAUACGGAGGCAUGCUCGCGGCAGGCUCGGUGAAGUGCGCUACAAGUACUCACAUUACUUUGUGCGUCUAGAGGAAGGGAAACCACCCAAAGAUUACUACAAGUUGAACCCUCAGACACCGCAACAACAACUGGACAGUUGGUUGGAAAAUAUGAGAAAAAGAAAAGUUACUAACUCUUUAUAAAUGGAAUAUAAUAUUAAAAAAUACAAAUUAAAAUUUCAUAGUACAAU